UUAGCGGAACAGUUAACGAGAUCACACGGCGCUACACACGGCCGAAACAAAAGUAAAACGUGCGUGUACUAUGGUGUUUAUUUACAUAAUAAGUGACAAUGUGUGUGUAAUUAAAAACUGAAACAAGACUGGGAAAAAUUAUAAUGGAAAGAGGUGUAGCAGAUAAAAAUGAACCGUACCAUGGAAAGACGUUGACGUUCGAAAUAGGCCUUCCAAAAACUGGGAGAGAAGCGAGAACAAAAGGUAUUAAGAAAAUAAAUGAAAACAACGCUCCAUGCCGUCUUACACGCGGUUUACCGACAGGUGUGGAGGUAAAACAAUACACGGGAGUGCUUUUAUGUGGUCUACUGACAUGGGGGAUAUGUUUGAUGGUGUUUUGGGAACCUUUCGUCCCGGGAGGCUACCUGUUCAAUAUGACCUCGAUGGUCCUGCUGGGGUACGUGUUCGGACACACGCUGGAGCGAUACACGACCAUACAUCCCGCCUUCGGGAUGACUCUGAUAGGUGCCAUCUGCAGAAACUUCACUUCAACAAACUUUCUAGAAAAUUCCACGGCGAACGCGAUAGACUACCAUCUUAGGCGAAUUUACCCGGCUAUUAUAUUAACGAAGGGACCGCUCGGGUGGAAUUGGAAUUACAUAAAAAGUAAUCCGGUGAGGGUAUUCUCGCUGGCCACGAUCCCGUGGACCGUGGAGUGCCUGUCCAUCGUCCUGUUCGCGCACGUGCUGCUGGGCUACCCCUGGUAUUGGGGGUUGCACCUAGGCUCGAUACUAGCAUCUGUAUCGCCGGCACUAGUGGUGCCAAUAACGAUGGCACAUAGGUCCAGAGGACUGGGUGUCAAGAAGAGAAUUGCGGAUCUCGUGAACAAUGCUGGAGGUCUGGAUACCGCAUUCACAGAGGGAAUGUUUGGGGUUAUAAACAGUGCCAUAUUCUUCCCCUCCCCUCCGGCGUACAGGAUACUCAAGGCAGUUGUCGCCAUUUUCCUGGGCAUCGUGCUUGGCAUAGCCUGGGGUGUGCUGGCGGACACCAUACCUGAUCACGGCGACCUGUACGCGCCGACCAUCCGCAGCAUACUGCUCCUGGCCGGCGGGGUCUUCCUUCUCUACGGCUGCGGGUACCUCGGCUGGGGAGGGACUUCUGGAGUGGCCAUUAUGGUGUGUGCGGGCGUGGCGGGAACGCGGUGGGCGCGGCGCGGCUGGCCCGUCAACAACAACCCGGUCGCCGAGGUCUACAAGCUGCUGUGGAGGGUCUUCGAGCCCAUGCUCUUUGUACUCAGCGGGUACUACUUGGAUGUGUCUGAAAUUUCUGUCCGGGAAUUCGGGCUGGUAGUGGCGUGUAUAUUCUCCGCGCUGGCUCUCCGCCUCCUCACUGCCUUUUUAAUUGCUCUCGCCAGCGAAUUAUCUGCCCGAGAAAGUAUUUUCAUUGCCAUUACUUGGAUUCCGAAAGCUAUAGUUGAGGCCGUGCUUGUACGAGUGGCAAUGGACUCUCUCUGGACAGAAGGGGCGACAUUGCAAGACAAGAACAUAGCAAAACAACAUUCCAAUAUCAUAGUUAUCGCUAUUCUUCUAACGUCAUUCUUAGGAACAAUUUUAACAACCCUAUUAGGUUCUACCCUCUUGUCUCAAGACUCAAAAGUUGCACCAGAAGGUGUCUACGCGGCGGAGAACGCGUCUCAGUCUGGGAACUCCAGCAGUAAUACUCUUAGUAAUAUACAAUAUAUUGAUGGCUAGUA